GGGGCGCGAAAAACACACGGCGUUUACGUUUCUGUAGUGACUGUCUAUGUUUUUCAUGCCUUCUCUGUGAUCAUGUGUGAAAAGCUGAGGAAGGUGAACAGCUGGUUGGAGGGAGUGUUUGGGGAUCAGCCAGUGCCAUCAUUUGAGGUGAACACCAGGACAUUGGACAUACUGUAUCAGCUGGCUCAGUCCAGUGAAGCCCGCUGCAGUGAUACUGCUCUCCUCAUUGAAGACUACAAGCAGAAAACAUCAGAGUAUCAGGCUGACGCUGCUCACCUUGAGGAUGUUCUUCUGCACGGUGUCGGCUUGUCUGGGGCAAGCUUGUCAGAGCCGACUGCAAACUACGUGUCUGCUUUAGUGGACAAUGCUAUGGUGCUGGGAGUGAAAGACACAUCACUGACCAGCUUCAUGCCAGCAAUCAACAAUCUCACCGAUGAUCUUCUGGAAGUCGAGAAGUCAAACAGAAAACUCGAAAGGGAACUAAGGGCACUCCAAAAAAGACUCGGUUCAAUUCUGGUGCUGCGGGGAAACCUACAAGAGGAUAUCGACAAAACUACCAAAUCUCAAGCAGUGGAGAGUGCAAAAGAAGAGGAGAGGCUGCUCAACAUGGACUUUGUGACGGCCAAGAUCAAGAGCUCCGUAUCAGACAGCAGAGAUGCUGAGGCUCAGCUUGUAUCCAGGAACAUGGACAAGUCUAUCACCCACCCCAUUGUGCAGCUUUCUGAGGAACUCAGGGCACUGCAAAACGAAAUAAUCCCCCUGAAAAAGAAGCUGGAGUCGUACAUGGACCUGAGUCCGAGCCCAUCUCUUGCACAAGUGAAGAUAGAAGAAGCAAAAAGAGAACUAGCUGCACUCGAUUCCAAACUGGAGACAAUGAUGGAUUUAAAUGGAUUUGGAUGUUGCGCAGUCCUUUCUUUAAAAAUAAAGUUCGUUUCUCUGCCCUGUCGGUUUCUGUCCUCUGGAGUGGAGCAGAGCCUGGACACCUCAACGGUUUCUGUCAGCUUGACUGGUGUAGGACCUGAUCUGCAGUCUGACAUGGAGACUGAGCCGUUACCAUGGAGUGGGCCACAGAUGCUUACUAGAGAGCAGUUUUCCCACUGGGGCCCCCAGCUUGGAUGA